CAUAUAGUUGACAAGAUGUUCACCUUAGUUGGAAGUCUCGUCAUUUUGGCAUCUCUGACAACCGCAGUGCCAUUGAACACCUGUAAGGAUGUUUUGAAAUCAGCUGGAUUGUCUAGUAAUUUCAAUGAAACAAUCGCCCAUGCCAUCCAUUCAAUGAAUAUGGACGCACUGAGAAUGUUUAAUCCUGAUGCUACAGCAGAAAACAAUAUACCAACAGUGAACCAUGAUCUUAGCCAUGAAGAUAAGGUCCUGCCAUUUGCACCUGAAGAAACUUUAGGCGAAGACUUCUCAACACACCCUAUGAACUUGAUCGAUAAAAUCUUAUCAAAUUUGGGUACACCCAAUGACGGCCUUGGACCCAACUGGUCACCCAUCGAGCGAGUUGCCCACGUAUUCCACAUGUGGGAUCUUUGGAUGAAAAUCCGCGCCGUCUAUAACGAUGUCGUUCCACAGAAUCCAGAUCCAGAAGUUUGUUCAUGUCUUUUGGACACCGAGAAGAAUGGAAUCCGUAAAGCCGUCCAGUGGGUUGCCGAUCACUACAAGACAGGAACACCAAUCACCCUUCUAAACCGACCAAUUCCAAAACUUGUUGAUUCCACAUCCUGGACGACCUGGAAGAAUCGUUUGCUCCAUUAUUACACACCACAAGCCCUGGCUGAUGCCGCUAGAUUUAUCCAGUGCACCACACUUACAAAUUAA